AUGAAAUUAUCCGCUAUGCCGGAUCAUAUUCUUUUAGAGCCUGGAGCCUCUCGACGAGAAAUGCAAGAUAAGGAUCUCAUUUCUACAAGACAUGCCCAGUUUAAACCAUCGCGCAGCCGUCGAUAUGCCUGCGAUCGAUGUCGUAGACAGAAGCUGAAGUGUGACUUUGAGAAGCCGUGCUCUCUGUGUGUAAGGUCCAACUUUGCAUGUGAGACCACGCCGACACCUUUGCGAAAGUCUAAACGAUCUGCCAAUACUACAGAGGAGCGGCGCAGAAACACACGUCGCAUACAGCAUGGUGUGUCCAGAUCAUCAAGUCCAAGCCUUCGCAGCCCGGAUACUCCAAGAAAUGUGGCCCGACUCAGCACGAACUUCCAUGGAGGAGCUGAUGAGGGGUCGAGAUUACUACCGGAACCGCACAGGUACGCCCAAUCAUCUGCGGUAGAGUUGACGGAUCAGCUCUUUCACAUCCAUGAUCAUGGAGCAGAACCAUCUCCUGCUCACAGUGAUACCUCUGCCCUCCCCGGUGGUCCUUUUCUGAGCAGUCGAAUUACCGGCAAUAGGAGUCGAGAAGAAAACACUAGUUUUGCCGCCUACUUGCCUGGUUUAGUCCUUCCAUCCCGGUCGGUGUGUGACUUUCUGCUCCAGUCGUAUUGGAAGUCUGUACACUGGUUUAUGUUGAUAUUUCACGCUCCGUCGUUUGAACAUGAGUAUAGCCAAAUGCUUGACAGUCAGACUGUCAGCCCUCGGCAGAGAGGUACGGCAGUUCUAAUUCUGAUGGUCCUCGCUCUGGGCGCCAGAUAUGCUUCUGAAGAGCAAAUCUCAAGAAUUGAUAUAUCCAGACACGACGUUACCUCUUUGCAGGAGACCCUGUUGAGUCAUAUUAGGUCGCAAUUCUUUGAUGUGCUAGACACCGGGGGUGUCGAAUGUGUACAGCUGUGCAUUCUGCUGAGCACUUACCAUCUAUACAACGGUAAACCGAACUUGGCAAUGCCCAUAUUGGGCGCAGGAAUCCGGAGUGCCCAGGCCCAGGGACUUCAUAAGGAGAGCCUCUGGGGUCCUGCAACUGAUAUCGUUUUGGAAAUCCGCAAGCGGACUUGGUGGGCCUUAUAUGCUCUCGAGAGGUUUGCAUCGAUUACCUAUGGCAGGCCAUCAUUGAUCAAUGACGCACAUUGCUCCGUGAGCAUGCCACGGGACAUGGAUGAUAUAUCAACAGUCCACCCAUUGAUGAGCUUAGCUGCCGAUCGUUCUGCGAACUCCCAAGUGGCGUCUACUUUGGGAACUUACCAACGACACAAAUUUAGACUCUAUUCAAUUGCUGGCCCCAUCAUUAGCGAUAUCUAUGAUCUCAACGCAUCGAACCUGGAGGCGGUGAUGAUGCAGGCUGCAGAAAUCAACACGAAACUGGUUGAAUGGUUCGAUGGACUGCCUGUAGAGUUAAGGAUUGAGCGUCAUGCCCGCCUGGACACAUCACAUUUGACGAGUGCCGAAACUGAGGUCUGUCAACUGUUUCAGCUGCAGGCACUGGUUCUCCAAUUAGCAUAUGACAAUAUCCAGAUCGUGCUGCACCGUCCGUUUGUUCGAUAUACCCGCUGUCUGCCACUUUCACCAGGUUGGCGCAACUCCGAUGCGCGCCCGACUAGCUUUGAACAGUGCAAGCAUUGUGCUAGGCGCACCUGUAGCAUAUUGCCGCGGUAUUCUAAGGUUCUCCUUGCGGCCCAAAGUACACAUGCAGCAGCGUAUAUCGCCAUUCAGAAUUUCACCGCCGGAGUCACUUUGGGCAUGGUGGCUCUGUCUGACCCGGGCUCCGAACAAUCUUUGGAUGCUAAAAGAGGUGUUGCGAAUUCAAUAGCUCUACAAAAGACACUUGCGGCAUCAUCUGUUGUAUCUUCACAAACGGUCAGGGUUCUAGAAGGACUGUUCCGCCUCAUAUUCAAACGGGAGAUGCAAACUUUACUUGAUAACUCACCUCUUCAUAUGAACAGUCCCAGUCCGAAAAACAGCUUGCCAACCUCAACAAACGAUUAUCACCACGAGACGUACCAAGAUACCAAUCAGCUGAAUCCCCACGCGAGCGACUCAUUCAAUCAACCAUUCGGAACUCAAGAGAACACCCAACUUCUGUCCAGAAACCAAGGUGCCCUGAAUGUCUCUCAGGAUACCCCAGAAGCGCGCACCGUGGUCGACCCUGACGUUGGUCAGGAUGUUGCUACUCUACCCUGUUACCCCGAGAUCGACAGGGCACUCGAGGCUGUACAACAAGUAAUGUGGGAAAAUUGCGAUACAAUGGCGCAUGCAAGCAGUCGUGCUAUGGAUACGACUAGCUCGAGCUUCGCUGAUGCCGGACAACAGACGUUAGCGACCGACUUCAUCGAGCCAGGCAACGCAUUCCAACCUACGACUUUGACGGCAUCAGUAGCAGACCCCGCUAGCCACGAUCUAAACACCCUACACAACUCGCUCAUUGGCCAGAGCUGGGUAUGGAAUCAGACAGAUCUCUCUCAGUGA